AUGCUCCCACCAGAGGAAUCUGUGGCAGCAUCCCCCAGUGGAUAUGCCCAGCAGGCCCGAGGAUCCAUUCUGCGAGCCUCUGCAGUAGGUGAUCUUGGCACACAACAAGAUAGUCAACGCCGUUCGUCGCCCAUAUCGCCAGAAGCUCUUAAUCAGGACAAUGUGGACAGAACGGGGUUAGACAGUGUGCCCAAUGCAAACAGUGACAACAACGAUGGUGUGGAAACAGAAAUUACAGAUAUCGAUGCACAGGAGUUGUCGCCGCGGGCUUCAUCACCCACGGACGACGAGAAGUUGGAAUCAUCCACCGACCUUCAAUUUAAGAAAAAGGACUUCCGGAAGUCUCGGGCGCAGCUGUUCCAGCUGGUUCUUCUGACCGCCUCGCUAAAGUCUUUGAAGCAGCAGUCCAUACAGGGUAAUCCUCCGCAGCUUCUGCGGAACCACAGCUCGGUGUCUAAUAUCGGCACUGCCAACAGCAAGAACUUCCAACUGUUCAUCCAGGCACCCGUUCUUUCGUCCGUGACGAACUUGCGACUGGCAGAUGAGGUGGAGAUUGGCCAACAACUUCCGUUUGACCAUCGUACCGAGCCUGGCUCCAUGUUUCCGGACUUGGCGAAGAUUUCCAACACUGACGAUGUUUCUCCCCAGAACGAGGACGAUGAUGAAGACGAUAUUUACAAGGAGGAAACCACGCUUCAACAGCAGCGUCUCACCAUCAAUGCACUUAAGAAGCUUUCGCUCUCGUUAGCCCCUAUCAUUCGUCUGGAUGAAGAUGAUAUAGACCUACAGCCACGCCAGCUCACCACCAAACUGCUCAACGGAAGUGUUGUUCCGGAUCUGCGUAUGAAGCUGAAGCCAUAUCAGCCGGCGCAGGUGGAUCUCUCUUCUUUUUCGAGUUUGACCAGGCAAAGCAAGUUUUUGGAGGGUGAUAGAGCCAAGCAAGAGCAGGGCCAUUCUCAGGCUCCGACAUGGGCUGAUGCUCAGAGACAACACCAGACCCAGACAGCUCUGCGAGCUCCUUUGAGCCAGGGCUUGAGCGUGAGCACUAAUCAUUUAUUGCAUGGCAAGUCAUCAGCCCUGACCCAAAGCCAAGGAUUGACCCAACCAAACUCGGCAUUGGAGAACGGACUGAGUUUGCUGAAUCAGAAUAAAAUGAAUGCAGUUCGGAGCAAUCAGAACUUUAACCUGAACUCCAAUCUGAAUUCUAGCCUGAACUCCCAUCCAAACGCAAAUCAAAAUGCCAAACUGGACUCCAUCUCCAAGAUGGAAGAUAACAUGCAAGAUCGUGGCCGGUGGGACAAACAAGACCCUAGAUCCACGCAAGUGCAAGUGCAGAAUAUCACGAAGGGUCCUGCUGUUUCAAUUAAUGGGUUCAAGCCCUUCGGAAACAUCGAACACACCAUAGGAGGGCGCAAUACCCCAGGCUACCCUGUGGUUCCUCCUCACAAUAUGAACAUCCGGAACCGGAAAGUUUCACUUCAGCAUGAGCCUCAGCCACCAACCGCAAAGCACCCGUUGCCAGACAAGAAGCUCCAGCAAAUCAAGGGCUUUAGAAGUCCCGGAUAUGUACCUGCGGUUCUUCGGAGAACUGCUGGAGACGACCGAGACGUCGUUGGUCCUAUCAGCUCCAAUGGCCUGGAUCCAGAACAAACCGAAAACGUAUCCUCUCUCCCAAACACGGCACUGCCUGCCAAAGACACGGGAUCAUCGGCAGACUCCGUGCGGUCGUUCGAUCUGGCCUACUCCAGUGAGUCCAUACAGCCUGGACUGCUGAAGACUGGUCCAUACACCUUGAACAAAAGGCAGUACGAACAUAUUCUCAAGGCUGCUCCAACAAGAAAGCACUGGCUCAAGGAUGAGUCCGUGGCCGAAUGUGGACUUAGUACAUGCCACAAGCACUUCAACUUCUUCGAAAGAAGGCAUCAUUGUCGAAAAUGUGGAGGAAUCUUCUGUAAAGAUCACACAUCACACUACUUGUAUAUCAACCACUUGGCGCAGUUUACCACAGGUGGACGCGGAACGCUCUCCCGUGUAUGUGACAAUUGCAUUGAGGAGUAUAACGAGUUUAUGAAGACGGAGUUUGGUGUGGGUUACCAGACGCCAAGAUCACGGCAAUCUCCACCAAGUAAUUCGGAAACCAACGAUUAUCGCAAGGAAAUCUUCAAGCCCAAGACGAAGGCAACUGCACAGCCGGUGCUGCUGCCAAUUUCGCCAGUCACUAAGCUGGAUAUGAACGAGCAACUUGUGGGGAGUGUGCCAGCAAAUUGGAGUUGGCUGUCAUUUUAG